AUGCCAAGACUAUGUAUGAUCCACCACGUCGAAGAAGCAUCGUCGCUAAGUCUUUCCAAACCACAUCUUAACGACGUAGUAAUGUCGACUUAUAGGCUCCCCGACAUCCCCUCCCUGCGCAAACAGCAGCUUCGGCUUGAAUUCACGAGCUUGAAAACAGCCCCUCCGCCUGGUGUUUAUGUGAACAUCUCACCAACAGACCCGACCUUCUGGUCUGGGGUGAUUUUUGUUCAGAAAGGACCUUAUGCAUCUGCCAUCCUCCGAUUCCAGCUCCGCUUUCCAUCGACAUAUCCAGAUCUCCCACCGCUAAUAACUUUCACAACAGACAUAUUCCACCCCCUUCUCGUGCCCCUAACAACGUACACAUUUAGCACCAACUCGCCGGAUACAGAUACCGUCAGCGCAAAUGACGAAGAGCGCCUGCCUCCCGGUGGUUUUAGUCUGAGACAUGGAUUUCCACAUUGGUUUGGAAGAGCGAGGAGGAGUGUAGCAGGUUCGGCUGCGCCGUCGCGCAACGUCAGUGGUGGUGAUCUAAAUGACAAUCGUACGGACCAAGCACCCACCGGACAACAGGACAGCGAGCGCACGACAGAAUCAGUAUCAGAGGCACCCUUCAAGUGUUCAAGAACGCCAACGGGAGACUUACCUAAAGGAUUAAUUUCGUCGUCCUAUCCUCAUGCGCGUGUAUCUCCGGUGCCGGCGGGGUUGCCACAUUGCUGUAGUCCUGGAACCGAUGUUCCAGUUCUGGAGUUGCUCAACUACAUUCGGUCGACAUUUGAUGAUGAAGCGGUGUUAGAUUCUAUCCCCCUGGAGGCAGCUGGAAACCCUGGAGCUUGGCAUGCAUGGCGAGCUCAUCGGGGAUUGGGAACUAGGCAGGGGGAAGAUGGCUCGGAUGGACAGUUGAAAAAGGGCAGUCCGCAAACUCGUCGUCCUGGAGAAUGGAACUGGGAGGGUGUGUGGGAGAAGAGGGUCCAGACUGGGGUUGAAACCAGUUAUUUGGAAUCUGUCCUCUUUGGCAAUAGUACGCGAGGUGCAAGUGAUGACCUUGUUCGAUUUGUCAAACUUGAUAACGAUAUACUGGCCAAAACGAAGGAGCAGAUUAUUUCCACUCGAAGAGGUAGUGAUCAAAAACACCACGAUUUUGCAUAA